UCCGAACUCGCCACCAAGAGAGCAAGCAAACACAAACGACCAACCAAGUUAUCGAUGCUCAAGAAGUGGCUCCUCGCAGUGUGCUGCGCUGCCGUGGGGUUCACAGCGGCGACCUCCGACGACCUGGACACACGCGCCAGCUCCAUCGUCGACAACUUCACCCCCGAACAAAUCGUCGGUCAGCUCGCGCAGGUCGCCAUUUUCUCCGUACUGAACGAAGACUACUCGCUGAACGAAGAGUUGGUGCGGUACUACGCCAAGCUCCAUGUCGGGUCCUUCUUGACAACGCCGUUCACGAAUGGCCCCAACGCGAUUACUGGUGCCGUCGGUUGGGACGUUGCCCAGUGGCGUGACAUUAUUACGCGCAUCCAAGAAAUCGUGCUGGAAGAGAACGACGGUAUUCCGAUGAUCUACGGCAUCGACUCGGUCCACGGCGCUGGCUUCAUCCUGAACACGACUCUUUUCGGCGCUCAAAUCAACGGGGCAGCGUCGUUCAACCCCGACCUGGUCUACGAAAUGGGUCGAGUAACCGGCCAAGACACGCAGGCUGCUGGAAUCCCGUGGGUCUUUGGACCCAUCCUCGAGAUUGCGAGCAACCCGCUCUGGCCACGGACCUACGAGACGUUCGGCGAGGACCCGCACCUCGUGUCUGUCAUGGCUGACGCUGUCAUUCGCGGUCUCCAGAGCAACAACCAGACGGCUGCCUGCAUGAAGCACUUUGUCGGGUAUUCCAAGACACCAACUGGACAUGACAAGGACGCCGUGCAGAUCAGCGACUUCGACUUGCUCAACUACUUCGUUCCGCCAUUCAAGGCUGCUAUCGACGCCGGCGUCAUGACAACGAUGGAGAACUACAUCUCCAUCAACGGCGUCCCCACUAUUGGCAACCACAAGAUCCUUCAGCAACUCCUUCGUGAAGACCUCGCCUUCGAGGGGCUGGCGGUGACCGAUUUCGGCGAGAUGGGAUCGCUCAACUCGUUCCACCGCAUCGCACGCACCGUCGACGAAGCUGUCCGUAUGUCGUACGUGCACACGGGCAUCGACAUGAGCAUGGGAGUCGCCGACGUCUACUUGAACAGUACCAAGCUCCUGCUGGGAGAAAGCCCCGAGUACUUCGAUCGCCUCAAGGUAUCCGCAAAGCGCAUCAUCAAGACCAAGCUGAAGCUGGGUCUCUUCGACACCCCCGUCCCUGGAGCUGAUGACAUCGCGAAGGUUCGCAACGAGGUGGACGUUGAAAAGUCUUUGGAGAUGGCCCGCGAGUCCAUUGUUCUACUCCAAAACAACGACAGCACGCUGCCUAUCUCGAGCUCGGCUUCCGUGUUCCUUACUGGCCAUUCUGCAAACAACAUUGGCAACCAGUGCGGUGGCUGGAGCGUCAGCUGGCCUGGUUACACAGGCAACGACCUCUUUCCUAACGGCAUCUCCGUCAAGGAGGGCAUGGAGGCCAUCGCUGGAGACAAGGUCACCUACUUCAAUGGCCUGGAUUCGGACGGAAACUACUCGGAAGCCAACAUGACCACCGCCAAGCAGUACGCCAGCCAGGCCGAGUACACCAUCGCUGUCAUUGGUGAGCACCCGUACGCUGAGAAGACCGGCGACUUGGACGACCUCGCUCUUCCUGCUGGCCAGAUCGAGUACGUUAACGAGCUCGCGUCGACCGGAACCAAGGUCAUUGUUGUCCUCUUCGAGGGUCGUCCGCGACUUCUUGGAGACCUGCCGGAGAACGUGCACGCCGUUGUCAAUGGUCUUCUCGCUUGCGAACAGGGCGGCAAGGCGAUGGCGGAGAUCAUCUACGGCCAAGUCAACCCCAGCGGACGCAUGCCGAUCACCUACCCGAAGGAUGCCGGCAACAUUCUGAUCCCCGUGUACAAGCCCCAGAUCGGCGAGGGUUUCAAGCAGGUGGCGGAGGACACGGACUACGUGAUCGCGAUCAAGCCGGAGACGGACUGCGACGUGUACAACGAGACUGCUGCGGCGAACCCGUUGUGCGCUACGUUCACGCUGCAGACCGGUGACUAUCCGUACGGCUUUCUGCUGUCUUAG